AUGGAAGUGCAAACAGAACCUCUAGACUUAUCAACAAAAGGAAGAAAGCCGAACAAGAUGUUAAACAUCAUUGACUUCAAGUUUCUUGAAGGGCUGAACAACCACCUAGUCAAGUUGUACGAGAGAACCACAAUGGUGUGCAGUAAGGACAGCUACUGCUUGCCACAGAAAGCUGCCACCAUGAAGAACAUACUGCCCUGUCAGGUGUGCUUGAAGACCUUUGACCGACCCUCGCUGCUGAAGAGGCAUAUGAGGACGCAUACAGGUGAAAAACCUCACAUCUGCAACGUUUGCAACAAAGGGUUCAGCACAUCAAGCUCAUUGAACACGCAUCGGAGAAUACAUACAGGUGAAAAGCCUCACAAAUGUCCUGAAUGUGGCAAAUGCUUCACAGCUAGCUCCAACCUGUACUAUCAUCGCAUGACACAUACAAAGAACAAGCCGCACAAAUGUUCGUGGUGCCCGCGCUCGUUCCCCACGCCCGGCGAGCUGCGCGCCCACGCCGCCGCGCAUGCGCGAGCUGGCCGACCACGAGACCUACUGCACCAUUUCACACACACGUCAACCCUCUACACCUAAACCAGCAACCACCAAAGAAACCCAAAUAAAAC